AUGAUUCCCCCGUCCUGGCGCUUCUACAGCCCCGAGGGUGCCCUAACGCCAGGAGGCCCUCAUAAAUGGGCAGUGAUCGAUUGGGAACUACGGCGAUGGUUCCAGGUAACUGGCCCUGCUGAAGCCCUCCCUGAUGAAGAAGAUGCAAUUAAGGUUGUUGAACAGCAUGCAGAUGCAGUUGGUGCUGACAUACAUACCUUAGAGGUGUCUGCUAAUGGAGAGCUGAUUGGGGUCUCUACUGAGGAUCCAACAUGGGAGCUCAGGUAUCCAGAUUACCCAGGGCCUCUGACCGACCAGGAGAUUGCAUACAGGUCACAGCUCACUGAGAGAGAGAGACUUCAUCUGUGUACAGACCUUGUGGAAUACAAAGGUUGUGAUGGGAACAGUGAGAUUGUUGCUUUCAAAUACACAAUCUAUCAACAACGGGUCGAAUACAUAUGGAGGGAGCUACACACUCUCAAAGCGCUCCGUGACCACGAAUCAUUUGUCACAUUCCGUCGCGUGGUUCUUGACGAUGUAUCUAAAAAGAUACUUGGUUUUACCUUGCAGUAUAUCCCAGGCGGUACCCUUGAAGACUACCGGGAAAACCACCGUGAAGGCCCCUGUGAUCGCCCUUUCUACUUCUCUUGGCUUAAACAGCUUACAGAUGCAAUUGACGAUCUAAACCUUGGGUUUGGAGUUAUGCAUCAAGAUAUAGCCCCUCGAAACAUACUAUUCGAGCCUACUACCAAAGGUUUGAAAAUUUUUGAUUUCGACAGAUCAUGUUUGAUUGGAGCGGAGGAUCAAGAAGAGAGGCGCAAUGACAUUGAUGGCCUCAUAUUCACUGUCUACGAAACUUUUACCAAAGACGAUCAUUUUAGAGAAGUUCCUUUUGAUGAACAAGAAGUACAGAAAGUCGAAGAUAUGAAAGAAUGGGAUUUAAUUGUUCCCUUAGAAGAAGGAAAAUGCAUUGCGGCGUAUCGGAGCUUCCUGGCAGACUGGGCUGCAGCUCGGAGGACGACUCGGUCCAUCAAGCACCAUUCAGAAGCAAAAUACCCAGCUUCCGUACCUCCGUAUCCGGAGCUUGUUCCUUUCAUAAAAGCGACGAGAUUUGGGCCCUUGAAAAUUCUGCGUCGACGACGGGCAGACGUGUUGAAGUGCGGGGAGUAUGCGACUUGUUGGGAGAGGCCUUCUAUAAAGGGAUAA